AUGGAUUUCUUCAGCUUCAGUUAUUCCGAACCGCAAACGCCGACGAGGACUCCGGCUUCCUUCGACUCCUUCCCGAAACUCGAGUCCAGCUUCUUCGAUCCCCGAGUGACCUGGGAUACCUCCGACCCGUAUGCCUCCAGUCCGGAGCUGCAUCGUACACCCCAGAGGUUCGGCCUCAAUUCAGCCGGGAAGGGACAGGCAAGUCAUGGGGAGAGCCACCGGGGGAGAGAGCAGAGGACGGAGCAGACCGACACCGCGAGGCGGAUCAGGGCAGUGAGGUCAAACCAGAAUACGAGCGACGACUACCCUCCGAUGGGCUCGGCCAAGUCGGCGGCGUCGAUGCAAACACCUCCUCCGACCAGUGCGUCAAGGCGAAAGAUCCCCGAGUUCGACGAGCUGGAUACAGGGGCCAUGGGGCAUUUGGAAACCCCAAGUCGCCUUCUGGGAGCGUCUCCUCGCCUGUUUGGCAAUCUACAGUCCUCCCCCGACUUGUUCCAGCUGGCUGCCUUGGAUCCCGCGGGCUCUCCUUUCUUUCCACAGCAACGGUUGUUCUGGGAUCACGACCUGGACAACGCCGGAGAAGUUCCUUUGCCCAGCAAUGGUGCCUUUGAUGCUCGUCAGAUGUCCGACUCACACCGCAUUCCUCAGCUACCAACCAUCGACAGCUCAAUCGAUCUCCCCGAGUUUAGGAACGGGUAUGGGAUUUCCGCCGCACCACCCACCGAUGCUGCUCUUUUCCCAGCACCCUUUUCGACUUCUCCCCGGGUUCCGGUUACCAAGGCAGAGGAUCCAGCUUUAUUCCUGAGCUCUCCCGCCCGGCGGUUUGGGGGUCCGCAUCUCACGCCGCAGACGAGAUCUUUGCGUGGUAUUCGGCAGCCGUACCACCACCAGGCGGAAGAGUCGAAACGGGAGGAGCUUCUUCGUGCUCAGGUACCGACCGGACAACGAUCUGCAUCGUUUGUUGGGUUGAGCGAAAGCGAGGAAGAAGAUGACGACUUAACCCCGAGGGGCACACGACCGGUGCUGACCCGCAGUGUAACUCACUCUGCUCUCACUAGCUCCCACCGGCCACUCAGUCAAGCUGGGGGUAUGAUGGCAUCCACAAGCGGGAUCCGCAAGAGUCCCUCCAAGGGGCGUUCGUCCCCCGCGAAAGGGAUGCGUCCUGCCCGCUUGGCUCGGGCCAACUCGGUUGCCACGGGCUUGCCCACGCGUUCCUCGUCUGUGGUGCUUCGUGUUGGCCGGGAUGGUCGUGCAAAGGCGGAGAUGGAGCCUGUCGAUGAAGGUCCCACUGGUUUGACCGAUCCCCUGACUGGAAUGGAUCUAGACGGGUCUACAACCGAGAGUGAAGUCGAUCCGGCUGAGUACUCAGACUACCCAGUCCUGCAUCGUGCCCAGUCUUCCUUUUCUAUCUUUGACCUCAGUCGACGUCCACUUUCCCGCAGUGAUUCCGACUCUCGGCCUCCUUCAAAGGGUUCUUAUGCUUCCACUAUCGGCUCUUCCCACUCGGGUCGAAUGUCACCUUGGGCUGGCUCUUCCAGAGCAGCUGGGCGAGGGAACUGUCGUGGAUCUCCUGAUAUCAAGCGGACCCCUAAGCGACACUCUUCCUUACUUCACUCUGACUCGAGCUAUACUCGCGGCAGUGCGGCAUCCGACUCGUUUCCCGGAGAGGAAGACGAUAGUGGUGAUGCCACACAUGCACUUCGACAGGUUCUCAAAGACCGUGGCCGGGGACCUCGACCUUCUUUGAAUACCUUUAACAAUCGGCUCUCCCGAUCAUCCCACACCUUUACUCACCUCCGAUCAUCCCCUCCCCGCCUCGGCAGCGACUUCGAUAUCAACCCCCGACACAAUGCCUCUCCUACCACCCUGACCGACCCUGAUCUUGCCACACCCAGCACAGAUCGUUACAGUAAUCCAAGCAAUGGUACACGGUGUGUCUGCCGCUCGAUGGAUAACGGGGGCCAUCUCAUGAUUCAAUGUGAAUCAUGCACCCACUGGCUACACACCAGAUGUGUCGGAUUAGAGCGAGCUAAUCUGCCCUCUGUAUACGUCUGCAUCUUUUGUGCCCAAACACCAUCAAGACAGAACCGUGUUCGAACCUCUUACGUGCCCACGGGAAAUGCCCCUCCCUCUCCUUUGGCCCACAAGUCCUACCGUCUCCGGUAA